AUGAAGAGUCCCAGCCUGGCAGCACUGCCUGAUAACUGGAGGAUGCCAGGAAAGAGCCAGUGUAAUAAUCUUUCCCUUUUUCCCCCACACCCCAGAGGAGAAAUGCCUAAAUAUUCCCUUCCUUAUGUUCAGAGAGCUUUAGCAAGCAGCUCCUAUGUCUCCCUGGCAUUUAGAGAAAUGAAGAACCAGAAGCAGAAGAUCCCAGGGCUAUCAUUUGGAGUUGCCAUAAACCAGAAGUUCCUGAGAACAGCGACGCCUGGGGCUGCUUCAUCAGCUUUGAGCAGUCUGGGCCACGUGUACACAGCCAUUGGAGACUACCCCAAUGCACUGGCCAGUCACAAACAGUGUGUUCUUCUUGCCAAGCAAUCCAAAGAUGAACUUUCUGAAGCCCGAGAACUUGGCAACAUGGGAGCUGUGUAUAUUGCCAUGGGUGACUUUGAGAAUGCUGUGCAGUGCCAUGAGCAGCAUCUGAAGAUAGCCAAGGACCUGGGGAACAAGCGAGAAGAGGCCCGGGCCUACAGCAACCUGGGCAGUGCCUAUCACUACCGAAGGAACUUUGACAAGGCCAUGUCUUACCACAACUAUGUCCUGGAGCUGGCCCAGGAGUUGAUGGAGAAGGCUAUUGAGAUGCGGGCCUAUGCUGGACUAGGCCAUGCUGCCAGGUGCAUGCAGGAUUUGGAGAGAGCUAAACAGUACCAUGAGCAGCAGCUGGGCAUUGCUGAGGAUCUCAAGGACCGGGCUGCAGAGGGGCGAGCAUCCUCCAAUCUGGGAAUCAUACACCAGAUGAAAGGUGAUUAUGACACUGCACUGAAACUCCACAAGACCCACCUGUGCAUCGCCCAGGAGCUGAGUGAUUAUGCUGCCCAGGGCCGUGCCUAUGGGAAUAUGGGCAAUGCCUACAAUGCCCUGGGCAUGUACGACCAGGCGGUCAAAUACCAUCGGCAGGAGCUGCAGAUCUCCAUGGAAGUGAAUGACCGCGCCUCACAGGCUUCCACACAUGGGAACCUUGCCGUGGCCUACCAGGCCCUGGGUGCCCAUGACCGGGCCCUGCAACACUAUCAGAACCACUUGAACAUUGCCCGGGAGCUACAAGACAUCCAGAGCGAGGCCCGGGCCCUCAGCAACCUGGGCAAUUUCCACUGCUCUCGGGGAGAGUAUGUCCAGGCUGCCCCCUAUUAUGAACAGUACCUCCGGCUUGCUCCCGACCUUCAAGACAUGGAAGGAGAAGGGAAGGUCUGCCACAAUCUUGGCUAUGCCCAUUACUGCCUUGGAAAUUAUCAGGAGGCAGUGAAGUACUACGAACAGGAUCUGGCACUGGCCAAAGACCUUCAUGACAAGUUGAGCCAAGCAAAAGCCUACUGCAACUUGGGCCUAGCGUUCAAGGCUCUGCUGAAUUUCAGUAAAGCUGAAGAGUGUCAGAAGUACCUACUGUCCCUAGCCCAGUCUCUGAAUAAUUCCCAGGCUAAAUUUCGAGCCCUAGGGAACCUGGGCGAUAUAUUCAUCUGUAAAAAAGAUAUAAAUGGUGCAAUAAAAUUCUACGAGCAACAGCUGGGCUUAGCUCACCAGGUAAAGGACAGAAGAUUAGAAGCCAGUGCAUAUGCAGCCCUUGGCACUGCAUACCGAAUGAUCCAGAAGUAUGACAAGGCCCUGGGUUAUCACACACAGGAACUGGAGGUAUAUCAGGAGCUGAGCGACUUGCCAGGGGAGUGCAGAGCUCAUGGGCACCUGGCUGCUGUCUACAUGGCCCUUGGGAAAUACACAAUGGCAUUCAAGUGUUAUGAAGAGCAACUGGAUCUAGGGCAAAAGCUGAAGGAUCCAAGUCUGGAAGCCCAGGUCUAUGGCAACAUGGGCAUCACAAAGAUGAACAUGAAUGUGAUGGAAGAAGCCAUUGGUUACUUUGAGCAGCAAUUGGCCAUGCUGCAGCAGCUAAGUGGAAAUGAGUCUGUGCUUGACAGGGGCCGGGCCUAUGGCAACCUGGGAGAUUGCUACGAAGCCCUGGGUGACUAUGAGGAAGCUAUCAAAUACUAUGAACAAUAUUUAUCUGUGGCGCAGAGUCUGAAUCGCAUGCAAGACCAAGCCAAGGCUUACCGGGGCCUGGGAAAUGGACACAGGGCAAUGGGGAGCUUGCAGCAAGCCCUCGUAUGCUUUGAAAAGAGGCUCGUGGUUGCCCAUGAGCUCGGGGAGGCCUUCAAUAAAGCCCAGGCCUAUGGAGAACUGGGAAGUCUGCACAGCCAAUUAGGGAAUUACGAACAAGCCAUUUCCUGCCUUGAACGCCAGCUGAACAUUGCUAGAGAUAUGAAAGACCGAGCCCUGGAGAGUGACGCAGCCUGUGGCCUGGGGGGCGUUUACCAGCAGAUGGGGGAGUAUGACACAGCCCUGCAGUACCACCAGCUUGAUCUACAGAUAGCAGAGGAAACCAACAACCCCACAUGCCAGGGCCGAGCCUAUGGGAACCUGGGCCUGACUUAUGAAUCCCUGGGCACCUUCGAGAGGGCUGUGGUCUAUCAAGAACAGCACUUGAGCAUUGCUGCACAGAUGAAUGACUUGGCGGCCAAGACGGUGUCAUAUAGUAGCCUUGGAAGGACCCAUCAUGCCUUGCAGAACUAUUCCCAAGCAGUCAUGUACUUACAGGAAGGUUUAAGGUUAGCUGAGCAACUGGGCCGAAGAGAAGAUGAGGCAAAAAUUCGCCAUGGCCUUGGCCUCUCCCUUUGGGCUAGUGGAAACUUGGAGGAGGCCCAACACCAGCUUUAUAGGGCAUCAGCCUUGUUUGAAACGAUCCGACACGAGGCACAGCUGAGCACGGACUACAAACUCUCCCUCUUUGACCUGCAGACAUCAUCCUACCAGGCCUUGCAGCGGGUGCUUGUCACCUUAGGCCAUCAUGAUGAAGCCCUGGCCGUGGCAGAAAGGGGACGGACAAGGGCAUUUGCUGAUCUUCUGGUGGAACGACAAACAGGACAACAGGACUCUGACCCCUACUCCCCAGUCACUAUUGAUCAGAUCUUAGAGAUGGUUAAUGGCCAGAGGGGACUAGUGCUUUACUAUUCCCUGGCUGCAGGCUAUCUGUAUAGCUGGCUGCUUGCUCCUGGGGCAGGAAUUCUGAAGUUUAAUGAACACUACCUGGGUGAGAACACAGUGGAAAACUCAAGUGACUUCCAGGCCAGCAGCAGUGCAACCCUUCCAACAGCAACUGGCUCAGCCCUGGAGCAUCACAUUGCCAGUGUCCGGGAGGCCCUGGGGGUGGAGUCUCACUACUCAAGGGCCUGUGCCAGCAGUGAGACAGAGAGUGAAGCGGGAGACAUCAUGGACCAGCAAUUUGAAGAGAUGAACAACAAACUCAACUCGGUCACUGACCCCACUGGCUUUCUGCGGAUGGUUCGCCGCAAUAACCUCUUUAACAGGAGCUGCCAGAGCAUGACGAGCCUGUUCAGUAACACUGUGUCACCGACCCAGGACGGGACCUCCUCUCUUCCCAGGAGGCAGAACUCGUUCGCCAAGCCCCCGCUCCGUGCCCUGUAUGACCUGCUCAUCGCACCCAUGGAAGGGGGCCUGAUGCACUCCAGCGGCCCCGUGGGCCGGCACCGGCAGCUCAUCCUGGUUCUAGAGGGGGAGCUCUACCUCAUUCCUUUCGCCCUCCUGAAGGGAAGCUCCUCCAACGAGUACCUCUACGAGCGCUUCGGCCUCCUUGCUGUCCCUUCCAUCCGCUCCCUUAGCGUGCAGUCCAAGUCUCACUUACGGAAGAAUCCGCCCACAUACUCCAGCUCCACAUCCAUGGCGGCUGUCAUCGGCAACCCCAAGCUCCCAUCAGCCGUGAUGGACAGGUGGCUGUGGGGGCCCAUGCCGUCGGCUGAGGAAGAGGCCUACAUGGUGUCCGAGCUGCUGGGCUGCCAGCCCCUAGUGGGCAGUGUAGCCACCAAGGAGAGGGUCAUGAGCGCCCUGACCCAGGCUGAGUGCGUCCACUUUGCCACUCACAUCUCCUGGAAGCUGUCAGCCUUGGUCCUCACGCCCAGCAUGGACGGCAACCCUGCCAGCAGCAAGAGCUCCUUUGGCCACCCCUACACGAUCCCUGAGUCCUUGCGGGUGCAGGACGACGCCAGUGACGGGGAAAGCAUCUCGGACUGCCCGCCCCUGCAGGAGCUGCUGCUCACGGCCGCCGAUGUCCUGGACCUGCAGCUGCCCGUGAAGCUGGUGGUGCUUGGCUCCUCCCAGGAGUCCAACAGCAAAGUCACAGCCGACGGAGUCAUCGCGCUGACAAGGGCCUUCCUGGCUGCUGGCGCUCAGUGUGUCCUCGUGUCUCUGUGGCCUGUGCCAGUGGCUGCUUCUAAGAUGUUCAUCCAUGCCUUCUACUCAUCCCUGCUGAAUGGCCUGAAAGCCAGCGCCGCCCUGGGGGAGGCCAUGAAGGUGGUGCAGAGCAGCAAGGCCUUCUCGCACCCCUCCAACUGGGCAGGGUUCAUGCUCAUCGGGAGUGAUGUUAAGCUGAACAGCCCCUCAUCACUCAUCGGCCAGGCCCUCACAGAGAUCCUGCAGCACCCAGAGCGCGCGCGGGAUGCCCUGCGAGUGCUGCUGCACCUGGUGGAAAAGUCCCUGCAGCGCAUCCAGAAUGGGCAGCGCAAUGCCAUGUACACGUCCCAGCAGAGCGUGGAGAACAAAGUGGGCGGCAUCCCUGGCUGGCAGGCCCUCCUCACCGCUGUGGGCUUCCGGCUGGACCCUCCAACCAGCGGCCUGCCAGCAGCUGUCUUCUUCCCAACCUCUGACCCGGGUGACCGGCUCCAGCAGUGCAGCAGCACCCUCCAGUCCCUGCUGGGUCUGCCCAAUCCUGCCCUCCAAGCCCUUUGCAAACUCAUCACUGCCUCGGAGACGGGAGAGCAGCUCAUCAGCCGGGCUGUUAAAAAUAUGGUUGGAAUGCUCCACCAGGUGCUGGUUCAGCUCCAGGCUGGCGAGAAGGAGCAGGACUUGGCAUCAGCUCCCAUUCAGGUCUCCAUCAGCGUCCAGCUGUGGCGGCUCCCGGGAUGCCACGAGUUCCUGGCAGCUCUAGGUUUUGAUCUCUGUGAAGUUGGUCAGGAGGAAGUAAUCCUGAAAACCGGGAAGCAAGCUAAUCGACGGACUGUGCACUUCGCGCUGCAGUCCCUGCUGUCUCUGUUCGAUUCUACUGAGCUACCCAAGCGCCUCAGCCUCGACAGCUCCUCCUCCCUGGAGUCUCUUGCUUCUGCUCAGUCUGUUUCCAAUGCUCUGCCCUUGGGCUACCAGCACCCCCCCUUCUCUCCCACCGGUGCCGACAGCAUUGCCUCAGACGCCAUCUCUGUGUACAGUCUGAGCUCCAUUGCCUCCUCAAUGAGCUUUGUCUCCAAACCUGAGGGUGGAUCAGAGGGUGGAGGCCCCGGAGGACGACAGGACAAUGACCGGUCCAAGAACGCUUACCUGCAGAGAUCCACCCUGCCUCGGAGCCAGCUGCCUCCCCAGACCCGCCCUGCAGGCAACAAAGAUGAAGAAGAAUAUGAAGGGUUUUCUAUCAUCAGUAACGAGCCCUUGGCGACCUACCAAGAAAACCAAAACAUGUGCUUCUCACCAGACCACAAACAACCCCGACCUGGGACAGCCGGAGGCUUGAGAGUCUCAGUGAGCUCCAAAGGGAGCAUCAGCACUCCAAAUUCUCCAGUGAAAAUGACUCUGAUUCCCAGCCCCAACUCACCCUUCCAAAAGGUGGGAAAACUAGCAAGCUCAGAUACAGGAGAAUCAGACCAGUCUAGCACAGAAACGGACAGUACCGUGAAAUCCCAAGAAGAAAGCAAUCCAAAACUUGAUCCACAAGAAUUAGCCCAGAAAAUUCUAGAGGAGACACAGAGUCAUCUCAUUGCGGUGGAGCGUCUUCAGAGGAGCGGCGGCCAGGUGAGCAAGAGUAAUAACCCUGAAGACGGCAUUCAGGCGCCCAGCAGCGCUGCCGUCUUCAGAGCAUCAGAAACCAGCGCGUUCAGCAGGCCUGUCCUCUCCCAUCAGAAGAGUCAGCCAUCGCCAGUCACUGUUAAACCAAAGCCCCCAGCCAGGAGCUCCUCCCUGCCCAAGGUGAGUUCUGGAUAUAGCAGCCCCACCACCUCGGAGACGUCCAUCAAAGACAGCCCGAGCCAGAACAGUGGCCGGCCAUCGCCCGGCUCCGACUCACAGACUUCCCAGCUGGACCAGCCUCUCUUUAAACUGAAGUACCCCAGCUCUCCUUACAGCGCUCACAUUUCCAAAUCACCAAGGAACAUGUCCCCAAGCUCCGGCCACCAGUCUCCUGCUGGCAGUGCACCUUCCCCAGCUCUCUCCUACUCCUCAGCUGGAUCCGCUCGCUCGAGUCCAGCAGACGCUCCUGACAUAGACAAACUGAAAAUGGCGGCCAUUGAUGAAAAGGUGCAGGCUGUCCAUAACCUGAAGAUGUUCUGGCAAAGCACACCCCAGCAUUCCACAGGGCCAAUGAAGAUCUUCCGGGGGGCUCCUGGCACGAUGACUUCUAAGAGAGAUGUCCUCAGUCUGUUGAAUUUGUCACCACGGCACAAUAAGAAGGAGGAGGGAGUGGAUAAGCUUGAACUGAAGGAGCUGUCCCUGCAGCAGCAUGAGGGAGCUCCACCAAAAGCCCCUCCCAACGGACACUGGCGCACCGAGACCACCUCGCUGGGCGCACUGCCGCUGCCCGCCGGCCCUCCUGCCACAGCCCCCGCGCGCCCUUUGAGACUGCCUUCUGGAAAUGGCUACAAGUUCCUGUCCCCAGGAAGAUUUUUCCCUUCUUCCAAAUGCUAAAGCAUCUUUUAUACCCACUGACUCUGAGCAGCCGGCAGAUGGGGGCCUGGCGUUUGCUUCAGCCGUUCCGAGUGCAGUCCCCUCACAGCCACCAGCACCCUCGUGAUGCUGUGCUCUCCGGGCAAGGGGCAUGACCACGUCCAAAGGCUGUCACACACACUGGUGGCUUUUCUGGGCCACAUUCACCAAAAGCCAGGACUUCUAUGGGGCUGGUACAGGAGGCUCAUGGAAUUUCCUAUACACUUCACCAAAUGUUUACCUUUGAACUCCCUGCUUCUCAUCUUUGAUAUGAUUCUUCACCAGGAUUUUGUACAAAAAUGAUCAUGGUUCUGGGGUAGGGAGAGGAAAGGGAGCACAUAUUUUGCUAAGAGGUAUAUAUGCAGUACCUUUUAUACACAGAAAUACAAAUAGAGCUUUUUCUAAGGCUUUCGGGUGCUGGUUGGGGGUGGGAUAUAUGAAAUUUCUCUCAGUUGAAUUCUACAGGAAAGUGUUAUAUUAGCCAAAAAUGGAAUAAUGGUUUUUAAAAUGCCAAUGAUUUGUAAUUAAAUUGUAGCAAUUUUGGUCUCAUGAUAGUGUAAUAUCUCAGCAACAAUGCAAUAAUUCACAUUGAAACAGCGCUUCCAUUCUGAACUCUCCUCUGCAAAUGUCCUUUGGGUCCCGCUGUCAACCAAACUUGAAUUUUCUUAAAAAAAAA